AAUUAGAAAUUUGUAGACUGCAAAUGAAAAACAUGUAUGAUUAUAUUGGGCAUUUUUAAAUAUUUGUGGUUAAUAUCAUUACAGACAAAUCAAAAUGAAGCUCUUCAUUUUAUUGGCCGCUCUUAUUGCAGCUACCUGCGCCCUUUCAGACCAUCAACAAUGGACUGAAUUCAAAGGUAACUUUUCUCGACAAUACGGACUACGUGAGGAAAAUGUUCGUUUCCAAAUUUUCCAAAAUAAUCUUCGUAAAAUAGAAGAUCACAAUGCCAAAUAUGAGAAAGGAGAAGUAUCAUACUACAUGCGAGUCAACGACUUCGCCGACUGGACUCAAGAAGAAUUUAUUGAUAUGCUGAAAGCUCAAGUAUCGUCGACACCAAAUUUUGAAAAUGAAGUAUUUAAAGUAGAUUCCAACUUUGUUCGUCCACAAUCCAUUGAUUGGAGACAAAAAGGUGCAGUAUUGGCAGUUAAAAAUCAAGGAAAUUGCGGAUCUUGCUGGUCUUUCAGUACUACGGGAGCUUUGGAAGGACAACUUGCCAUUCAUCGAAAUAUUCGUAUACCCCUAAGCGAACAACAAAUGGUCGAUUGUGACAGAACGAAUAUGGGAUGUAAUGGUGGUGACAUGAGAUUAGCUUUCAAUUUUGUUAGAAGAAAUGGUAUCGCAUCAGAAGCAAGCUAUCCUUACGUCGGUUAUCAACGUGCAUGCAGAACUUCUUCAAAUAAAAUUAUUCAAACUAUUUCAGGAUAUGUCCCAGUUCCAGCAACUGAAAAUGCUUUAGCCGAUGCAGUCGGAAGCGUUGGUCCAAUUUCAAUUGGACUGAAUGCUAAUGCUGAUUGGCAGUUUUAUGGAGGAGGUAUUUUCGAUCGUCCCUCUUGUGGUAGUGAAAUUAACCAUGGUGUACUUGCAGUUGGUUAUACCCCACAAGCUUGGAUCAUCAAGAACUCUUGGGGUGGAUCUUGGGGAGAAACGGGAUAUAUUCGCUUGGUCCGUGGUAAAAGUCAAUGUGGUGUUCAUCUUUACUCUACUUAUCCUAAGUUGUAAUUAGGUUAAAUCGUAUG